AUGGGUGUCGCUUCUAAGGAGGACCCGCCACGCUACCGCACUUGCCAGCUCAGCGAUGAGGCCAUGGCCGACUUGGUCAAGGGCCGUGUGUCAUUGCUCGAGAAGAUUUACAUCAAUGGCUCAACGGAGCAGAUCAUCAGGGACAACAUGCCGUUAUUGUUGGAUGUGUGCCAGGUGUCGCAGCGUCUGAGCUCCACGGCACUCACGAAGGCCAUCGCCUUGCAGAAGACGAACCUUACUGCCAAGGAAGCGAACCGCUGGGCCACUGAGAUGAGCUGGUGCGUCAGCUACGUAGUGAAAAAAUUCAGGAGCGCAGCGGCCGCGGAUAAGCUGGACCACUACACGGGGGCCCUCGGCGACGCGAUGAACUUGGAGUGCAAGCUGAUCAAGGAGCAGUAUGGGAUGUCUCCACCGCCCAAUGCAACAACCAAGAAGGGCGUGCGCUGCCCGCUCUUCGUGGCGUCAA